GCGAACUGCACAGAAGGAGAGGACCUGCACGGAGACUACCUUUUUCAUCGGAAGGGGGUCACAGGACUAAGCAAAAAGGAAGAUUUUUUCUGCGUGCGAAAAAAGCAGGGUUUAAGCUUGACGAGGGGAUAGCUUAAGCUAAAGGUUAAGCUCGCGAUGAAAAAUUAAAAGCGUUGAGAGUUUUUUUUCUUCUGCCUGCGGGGAAAAAACGGUGCAGGAAAAGUGUCUACGCGCGUGUGUGUGUGCGUUUGUGUGAAAAUUUUCCUGCAGAACGGUCACGGUCGCAGUCAGAACGUCGCCCGAUCUUGGGUCGCGGAGAUCGUGCGCGCUGGAGAGGUCGAGGUGGCUUGAUCGCUGGAGCAGUGCUGGCGGGUGCGGCUGUACGGGCAGCUAUACGCUGGAAUCGACGCUGGAUUAGUCACCCGAGAAGAUCACCGAUUAGUGUGGGGUGGAAGGGGGCCUAGCUAGAAUCCUUCCUCAUUUUUUCACACCGUGAAUUCGUGGAAAAGUUGAAGAAUCUUCCAAGCGGGAAGGUCAAGCAGAGCGGCUGAAGUCGUCGAAGGUUGUGCGUCGUCAAGAAGUGUUCAAGCUGGAAGCAAGCAGUUCAUGAAGAAAGAAAAAGUUCAACCCCACAAUCAGAAUCCAGGGAAAAUUAUCCAAUUUUCGAAGAAUUUUCCCUUGGCAGCGCAGGUCAGUGUGUGUGUGUGUGCGCCCCGCGAGCCCCGUGUGUCGCAGAGCCUUUCACAGUGUGAGUGAAUGUGGUGGCCCACAAAAGAAGGGCAGCUGAGUAUCGUGAGCCCACAGCAGAGUGUGUGAGUGUGAAGAAGUGAGAGCAAAGCGCGCUCGCCGCCGCCAUCAGGAGGGAAAGGUUAUGUGCUAAUAAAAGUCGGGCAACCGUUGCCGACCGUUUCCUGCUUCCUUUUCCCUCGGCGUUUCAAGGAAGAAUCAAGCAGAAACGCUAGCAAGAAGAGUUCCCGCACACCGCACACACGACAUAAAGGAUUAAAAAUUAAUUUCCGUUGGCGAGCGGCCAGCGGAUUCAUCAUAUCGGAAUAUUAGGAAGAAAAAAAAAAGCAAGAUCUGGCAACCACCCUCCUCAACUAGAAGUUCAACUAGUUCCCGAACGUCCGAAAAUCUGCGGAUCAACAGAAGCAGAACGGUACCAACAGCUCCAGAAACGCCUGACCGUCGCGGACAACUGCAUCAAUCUUCGUUCGGCCACCAGAUGAAUGUUGUACUGGUCUAAGGCUAGCAGCGUCUCAGGAGGCGCCGGACGGGGCAAAAAUGGGCCCCAAAAAGGGCAAAAAGGGCAGCCCGAGGCACCGGACGGGGCCACCCCCGCCCGGGCCCUCGUCGCUGUUCAUCUUCGCCGAGGAUAACUUCAUCAGGAGACUAACCAAGUUCAUCAUCGAAUGGCCCCCGUUCGAGUACGCCGUGCUGCUGACAAUCAUCGCCAACUGCGUCGUGCUGGCCCUGGAGGAGCAUCUGCCCCACGGGGACAAGACGGUGCUGGCGCAGAAGCUCGAACUGACCGAAAGCUACUUCCUGUGCAUCUUCACGAUCGAGGCCGCCCUCAAGAUCGUGGCCCUCGGGCUGGUGCUGCACACCGACUCGUACCUGCGCAACAUCUGGAACAUGAUGGACUUUUUCGUGGUGUUCACGGGGCUCGUCACGUUGCUCCCUCUUCCGCUCGAUGUAGAUCUGAGAACGUUAAGGUCGAUUCGUGUGUUACGACCGUUGAAAUUAGUUUCUGGAGUUCCUAGUCUACAAGUUGUGCUGAAGUCCAUCAUCAAAGCCAUGGCUCCGCUGCUACAGAUCGGACUGUUGGUCUUGUUUGCAAUCGUUAUAUUCGCAAUUAUAGGAUUAGAAUUUUACUCGGGUGCUUUGCACAAAAGUUGUUAUAGCUUAGAAGAUGCCUUUGAAAUUGUUGAGGAGGGCGACAUGCCGACGCCCUGUUAUGACGACGACGACACGAUGAACGUCGAGCUGCCGGCGGGGGUGCACCUGUGCAACCACAACGAGAGCGCCUGCAUCGAGCAGUGGGAGGGCCCGAACUUUGGCAUCACGAACUUUGACAACAUCGGCUUCGCGAUGCUGACCGUGUUCCAGUGCAUCACGAUGGAGGGCUGGACGUCCACCAUGUAUUGGACCAAUGAUGCUUUAGGCUCAACCUUCAACUGGGUAUAUUUUGUGCCUUUGAUUAUUAUUGGUUCGUUUUUCAUGCUCAACUUAGUUCUCGGUGUGCUCAGCGGUGAGUUUGCCCGAGAGCGAGAAAAGGUGGAGAACCGGCAGGAGUUCCUGAAGUUGCGCCGCCAGCAGCAGCUCGAGAAGGAGCUGAACGGGUUCGUCGAGUGGAUCUGCAAGGCCGAGGAGAUCAUCCUGGCGGAGGACCGAACCACGGAAGAGGAGCGCAUGUACAUAAUGGAAGCCCGCAAGAAGGCGGCCGCCAAGCGGAAAAAGCUGAAAACCCUCGGCAAAUCCAAGUCUUCCGAGACGGACGACGAAGAAGCGACCACCGAGUCCGGCGACGAGGGCAUCCUGAAGAAAGAGAAAAAGCCCGCCAAGUCGGGCUUCUGGCGGGCGGAGAAGCGUUUCCGGUACGGCAUCCGGCACACCGUCAAGACGCAGUGGUUCUACUGGUUCGUGAUCGUGCUGGUGUUUCUGAACACCAUCUGCGUGGCCGUCGAACACUACGGGCAACCGAACUGGUUGUCGCUAUUUUUAUACUACGCCGAAUUUGUGUUCCUAGGCUUAUUCAUGUGCGAGAUGUUAAUCAAGAUGUAUGCGCUCGGACCACGCAUCUAUUUCGAGUCGGCCUUCAACCGGUUCGAUUGCAUUGUUAUCGCUGGUUCAAUCUUCGAGGUGGUUUGGUCUGCCUACAAAGAGGGUUCCUUCGGUAUUUCCGUGUUGCGAGCCCUCCGGUUGCUGCGCAUCUUCAAGGUCACCAAGUAUUGGUCCUCGCUACGUAACUUGGUCAUCUCUUUGCUCAGUUCGAUGCGAUCCAUUAUCUCGUUGCUGUUUUUGCUCUUUCUGUUCAUACUGAUCUUCGCGCUGCUCGGAAUGCAGCUGUUCGGGGGACAGUUCAUCCUGCCCGAGGGCACACCGCCGACGAACUUUAACACGUUCACCAUCGCACUGCUCACCGUGUUCCAGAUCCUGACCGGUGAAGAUUGGAACGAGGUCAUGUACCUCGGCAUCAACUCACAGGGUGGACACGAUAGCGGGAUGAUCUACUCGCUCUACUUUAUCAUCCUUACACUGUUCGGUAACUACACCCUGCUGAACGUAUUCUUGGCUAUCGCUGUCGAUAAUUUGGCGAACGCACAAGAACUAACCGCAGCAGAAGAGCAGCAGCAGGAACGAGACAAGGAAAAACAGCAGAUGGAACUGGAGAAGGAGAUGGAGGCACUGCAAAAAGCCAAAGAAGGCACUCCGACUGCGGAGGAGAUCGAGGCGGAGAAGGAAAAGGAAGCCAAGAAGGAGGAAGAAAAAAAGGAAGCGGAGGAGGAGGAACAGGCCGAGGGGCCGAAACCGAUGCUGCCGUAUUCUUGCAUGUUCAUCUUUUCGUCCACCAAUCCAAUGCGCCGCGCGGCCCAUUGGGUGGUGAACCUGCGGUACUUUGACUUUUUCAUCAUGAUCGUCAUCUCGCUGUCGUCGAUCGCGCUGGCCGCCGAGGACCCCGUCCAGGAGGACGCCCCGCGCAACAUCGUGCUCAACAACCUGGAUUACGCGUUCACGUGCGUCUUCGCGAUCGAACUGCUGCUCAAGCUGAUCGAUCUGGGCGUGAUCCUGCAUCCGGGCAGCUACCUGCGCGAGAUUUGGAACAUCAUGGACGCCGUGGUCGUGGGGUGCGCCGUCGUCAGUAUCGGGUUCGACAUCAGCGGUUCGGACGCCGGCGCCGAUCUGUCCACGAUCAAGUCGCUGCGGGUGCUGCGCGUGCUACGACCGCUGAAAACCAUCAAGCGAGUGCCGAAGCUGAAGGCGGUCUUCGAUUGCGUCGUCGGUUCGCUCAAGAACGUCAUCAACAUCCUGAUCGUGUACAUCCUGUUUCAGUUCAUCUUUGCCGUCAUCGCGGUGCAGCUGUUCAACGGCAAGUUCUUCUACUGCACCGACGACAGCAAGCACAACAGCAUCGACUGCCAAGGAUCCUACUUCCUGUUCGACGAAGUGGACGGCCGGCCUCGGCCGGAGAAACGCGAGUGGAAGACGCAGUACUUCAACUACGACAACGUCGCGACCGCCAUGUUGACCCUGUUUGCGGUGCAAACCGGCGAAGGAUGGCCACAAGUGCUUCAGAACUCGAUGGCAGCUACCUACGAGGACCGGGGACCAAUCCAAAACUACCGCAUCGAAAUGUCCAUCUUCUACAUCGUGUACUUUGUCGUGUUUCCGUUCUUCUUCGUGAACAUUUUCGUUGCCUUGAUUAUCAUCACCUUCCAGGAGCAGGGCGAGGCCGAGCUGCAGGACGGCGAAAUCGACAAGAACCAGAAAUCCUGCAUCGACUUCACGAUCGGAGCGCGCCCGCUCGAGCGGUACAUCCCGACGAAGCACUCCGGCUUCAAGUACACCGUGUGGCGCAUCAUCGUCUCGGCACCGUUCGAGUACUUUAUCAUGUCACUGAUUGUGUUCAAUACCCUACUGCUAAUGCUGAAGUGUCACGACCAGAACAAAAAGCUCGAAAACUUUAUGAAGUAUCUCAACAUGAUAUUCACCGGGAUGUUUAGUGUGGAAACGGUGCUCAAAAUAAUCGGCUUUGGCGCCAGGAACUUUUUCAAAGAUGCUUGGAACGUGUUCGAUUUGAUCACUGUCAUAGGCAGUAUAGUGGACGCACUGAUUUUGCUUCUUUGGGAAAACUCCUUCAACGUCGGUUUCCUGCGACUGUUCCGAGCGGCUCGGCUGAUCAAGCUGCUGCGCCAGGGUGACACGAUUCGUAUUCUGCUGUGGACGUUUGUUCAAUCCUUCAAAGCACUGCCGUACGUCUGUCUGCUGAUUGCGAUGCUGUUCUUUAUCUAUGCAAUCAUCGGGAUGCAGGUCUUUGGGAACAUAGAACUAGAUCCAGAUACUGCCAUCAGUCGGCACAACAAUUUCAGAUCGUUCCUGGACGGUCUGAUGUUACUAUUUAGAUGUGCAACGGGUGAAUCCUGGCCGAACAUCAUGUUGGCCUGCCUCAAGGGCCGUCCGUGCGACCCACGCGCCAACAAGCCCAACGAAACGUGCGGAUCAACGCUCGCCUACGGAUACUUUGUGUCCUUCAUCUUUUUCUGCUCGUUUCUGAUGUUGAACUUGUUCGUCGCCGUCAUCAUGGACAACUUUGACUACCUGACGCGGGACUCCAGUAUUCUGGGGGCGCAUCAUCUGGACGAGUUCGUCCGGAUUUGGGCCGAGUACGAUCCGUCUGCGUCGGGGAAGCUACACUUUACCGAGAUGUUUGACAUGCUGAAGAACAUGGCACCGCCGUUAGGUUUUGGGAACAAAUGUCCGAACCGGUUGGCGUACAAGAAGCUAACCCGGAUGAACAUGCCCCUGGACGAGGAGGGGCGGGUGAGCUUCACGACGACGCUGUUUGCGCUGAUUCGGGAGAACUUGAGCAUCAAGAUGCGACCUGCGGAGGAGAUGGACCAGGCGGACAGCGAACUGCGGGGGACGAUCAAGCAGAUUUGGCCGAUUCAGGCGAAGAAGAUGAUCGACCUGUUGGUACCGCCGAAGGACAUGCUCAACACGGGCAAGAUGACCGUGGGCAAGAUCUACGCCGGCAUCCUUCUGCUGGAGACGUGGCGAAACAACAAGUGUGUGCAGCUGGAAUGCGACGCGCCCGACCUGCAGGACCGCAAGAGCCACGAGAUCCAGGAGGCGUACAUCGACGAUGGCCAUCUGCACCCAGGACACGACCACCGGAACGGCCACCACAGGUCACCUAGUAUACAACGUGGUUCAGCGCUAGAGCGGUCACCUAGCCCAAGACAUAUGCAUCACGACAUUGGGUUCUCGGAAACGGUGUCCAACGUGGUGGAAAUUGCACGUAGGGAUCACCUAAUUGGUAGGCACCAUUAUGGGCGCUAUAGAUACGAUAGAGGUUCCUGGUCCGUAGCCACAAGCCCUGCGCAUUCGCCUUCGCCCACACGGCUGGACACCCAGAUUAGUGCCCACCACCGGUACAACCGAAGGAUACACCCGUACGGGACGACCAGCCUGUGCCAGCGGUCCCGAUCGCCGAGCCCGGCCCGGCUCCAGGAGCUGCGGGAACGAGAGCGCGAACGCUACCACCGGGAGGAAGUUGUGUCCCGCCCGUACAUCCAGCACACUUAUCCAGUAUUACAAUCACACAGAGAUUUCGGAAGAAGACUGCCACCAAGACCAAUUAAACCCACGACACUACAGUUAAAGUCGACUAAUAUUAAUUUUCCCCGUCUUAACACUAGCCCUACGCAUCCCGUCUUUCCACAGCAGAGUCUGCAUCUAUCGCUAAACACCCACUCGCUGCCAUACGGUGUUCAUUCGUUGCCCAACUCGCGGGGCGAAAUCGCGCGGGAUCCCCGCAUCUACCACCACACGGAGAGCGAACGGGACCGGGAGCGGGACCGGCUGCGGGAGCGCGAGCGGGACUACGACUCGCGGUACGUGUUCCGGGACACCGAGCGGGAGCUGUUCGAGAUCGAGCGCGAGCUGGAACGGGCGCGGGACUCCGCCCGGGACACCGAGUACGAGAGGGUGGAGCCCCUCUCGUACGAGCACCUGUACAACCUGGGCCGCACCGGAGGCAGCACGUUCGGUGCAUCGACGGUGAACGGCUUCAAGCCCAAGGUUGGCAUGCAUUCGAUCUACUCGGAAUCGGACGAGGGCGACUGGUGCUAGCAGCGGUUUGGGAAACGGGCCCAACACUUCUUCUCCUCAGCCAACGUAACGCAAUCAUCGAGGAGCAGCAGCAGCAACAAUCACAACAACUCGGAUGCCGGGCAAGACAUUAGUGAGAACCGACACGAGUCGUCGGUGCAAUCUGCUUCUACUAGCUACGGAAGGAUCAUCGCAACCAUCUUGAUCAACGCACGGGUGCUGCUGCAGUAGACAUGCAAAAACAAAAGGCACAACCAACAACAACAACACCACUUAGUUAUCGAUUUAUCAGCAACACCAAAACGAAACAAACAAAAAAAUCUAACGCCAUCUCUAACGUCUGCGCGCAGAACAAAACUUGUGAUGUUUACGGAAAUUAGUUGUUUUUGUAUUACAUUUUUGUUGACUCGUUGAGCAGUUCUCUGGGGUUUUGCAAAAUUUUCUUUCCUCGUGUUUUUUUUAUAAAACUUUUUUCAACACGUAGAAUAUUUGCGUCCGCCACUGGAUUCAAACCGGUGACCUCUGGAUUGUUAGUCCAGUGCGUGGUCUGAUUGAUCCAUGCAGGCAGACAGUGGAAAAGCUUGAAUAUUUAAAACAAUUUAAUUCAUAACAUACAUAGGGUAAAUAUGCCCAUUUUAAGCCUAAUAAGCGGUCGUGUUUGAAUGAUGCUGGAUAAUCUGGAUCUGGAUAUUAAAAGUUAUGCUAUUCCUUUUACAAGCAUUUAAAAAAAAUAUUUCAAAAAUGCAUUCUAAUCAGUCGAGUGCAUUGGGCCACGCCCAUUUUUCUAUUUUCAGCUUAGUUCUUUUUUUCUUCUAGCGCUCUUUUGGGUCUGCUUAGUGCUGCCAAAAUUGAUGAAAUUUUAAGCAAACACUCACGAAAAGUAGCAUCUAUAGCGAAAGUUUCCUGGCAGCACUUGCUGACUUCAACAGGCGCUUCGCCAGCAUGAGGGUGGUGUUGGUGGCCACUCUUUGUUCUUUAUUUGCCUUCGCUCCUCGCUCGGUUUUCUUCAAAAUUCAAAAUUCAAACAUCAGAAGACUUAGCGCGUUUGUUUUUUUUUAUGGUGCUUGCUAAUUAUUUACAUUUUACGGGAUUAUUUUUCAAGUGAGUGACUAACUAAUGAGCAAAAAAACAUGUUGCCGGUAGUUGGAAGCAAUUGGGUACUAAAGCCCUAUGUCCAUUUUUAUGUACAACGGUAAAAAACACGAUAAAAAACCAUUUCUGAUCACUUUUUUUCAUUUAAAUGCAAAAAAAAAAUUGACUGGACAACAUUUUAUCGAUGGAAUAACUAUGGUCCCCUUGGAACGAGCUGUCAAGUAGGAGCUUUUCUGUCAAAAAGGACCGCGAGGUUCAUUUUUCAAAAUUGAUUUAAAAAUCCAUUUUAAACUCUUUGUGGUCGUACAAAGUGUCAUUGUACUCAGAAAAAUAAGCUUUAUCGCUGUUAACAAUAAUAUCAGCAAUCUAAGCUUCAUUUUAGGACCCAAUUUUAUAUCUUAAGCGCUUUGAAAUCGUUAGCGCAAGUGAAAAAAUAUUGAUGGCGACUUUCGUUAAGCAGUUAACCUCUGAUCUUGCGUGUGGAUGUGUGUUCCACCAAAAUGAUGAAAAAUGGUCUCGCAAAAUAGAAAUUAUGAUCAAAAGUGCAUUAAAUUUGAUCUUUUUGGCCAGUAAAUGGCAUAAAUUUGCGUGCUUACUCGAGGCGGUGCUGUUGCAAGUAAGUUUAUAGCAUAAAUAGUAUUUUUGGAGCUUUAAUCUAGCAUCAAACUCUUCACAUGACGAAGUUGUUUGAUUAGAAAGGGUAUAUUUCCCCUAAUUAGAACAGGAAUAGAAACAAAAUAAACUGGUUCGUUGUAGUGAAUGUUGAUCUUAAUUUAUUUUUAUUUAAUAUUUGAUAUUCAUUCAGAAUAACAAAUUGAUCCUUUGUUUUCAGAAUUCUAUGUUAAACAUUUGUUCAAAUUAAGGAGUUACAUGCAUGUAAAUCGUAAAAAAUGUCAAAGGUUGAUAUGAGCACAAAUUCAAAAAAAUAAAUAAUAAUCUGAUUUCAGGGCAUUCAAAUAUACCUUUUCAUCUAUUACCAAAACAAAUUUGAAGACAUUUGGUUGUAUCAUUGACGAGAUAUAGCUAUUUGAAGUUAGCAGUUUCAAAAAACGGGUGCCAUGAUAUCUCAAUACUGCCUUCACCGAAUCGGCUCAAAAUUUUGGUGAAGACUCGUUAAACCGGUCCCGUGUGCAUUACGAAUGCCGAUUUCCAAAAACUUUUAAAAAAAGAUAAAAAUAUUUUUUUUAAAAGCAAAAUUUGAAAAUCGGGCUUCGUCAUGCACACGGAGUAUGUCUUGAGAGUCUUUACCUCAAAUUUCAGUCAAUUUGAUCUAUCCCUUCUCGAGAUGUCGUGGCACUCUUAAUUUUAUGUGUUAUGAAAAUAUGAUUAUCUGAUAGCCGAAGAGUAAGCGUCCUAGACUACCAAUCCAAAGGUGCAAUUUAUUUUCAUAUUCUAUGUGCAAUUCCUUAAUCCUCCAUACCUGGAUUUAACAUCUGCUCAUUGAACUUUGACUGAGCUUUUCGUUUGCUUACACUUUGUCGGUUUGAAUUCCGAUCAUCUUCCCCAUGACUGCAUUCAAAUGAUUGCUGUCGCCAUGCAGCACCCCACGAAAUAGAGAGUUUAGGGGAUAAGAUAGAGAGAGAGAGAGAGAGAGAGAGAGAGAGAGAGAGAGAGAGAGAGAGAGAGAGAGAGAGAGCGGUUGCUUGAAUGCCGAGCUCAGUUUCCGUUCGUUUCAGCUUCGUGCGCGUUCAGCACUCAGUCAGCAUUCAAUGGUCGAUUUGAUGAUGAAAGCAGACUGCCUAGUUCUGUCAAAUUUCGUUGAAUACUAUCAGUGACCGUUCCCUUUUGAGGAUCGUAGAUGUUGUCAUUUUUACAUGGAGCAAUGACUGGCCAUGAUGGAUCUGGAUAUCGAGCCCAGAAAAAGAAAAUUGAAAUGAAAAAAAAUCACCUCGUUCUGUAAAAUGCUUCUACAAACAACAUGUAGUUAUUUCGAUCAGUUUGACAGAUGUUUAAUCGAAAUAAUAAUUAAAAAAAACUAUAAUUACAAAGAGUCCCUAAGAGAACUGCUCCGUUUCGUUACAGUGUUUUAGAGUACAAUUAGCGUUGCGUUUUGUUUUUAGCAUCGAGCUAUUAAGCAGAUUUAGGGUUAAGCGUAGAACUAAAAAAAAAGCUUGAAAAUGAUCCAUCCAAGUAAUGACACACUAAAUCGAAAACAAGGAAAAUCUUAGAAUCUUAACAAAAAUAGUAAAAAAUGAGAUAUUGCACCCACACACUUCGCUAAAAGCAAUAUUUAAAAAUAAACUCUCGAAUCGAGUUUUCUGCAGCUGCUGCAGGAACAAUUCAAACGGUAGCGCCAAAAAUCAAAUCGCAAUCUUUCGCUGGUAGCUACAUUUUCCGAACCGCUUAUGUUUUCAGCCCCCGAUUUGUCGCAAUUAGUUUUUCCUUGCCCCAUUUUUCCCCUCGAAAAUCUAGACGAUCUAGCCGAACAGCAUCGCUAAAACGAAUUUUUCAAUCUCUCUCUCAUAACGUAAGAUACAUUUAAAAAAAAAAACGAGGAAACACAAAAUGAAACAGUUUAACUAAUUAACUCAAAGUGAACCAGAACUAGUCUAGUUUUACGGAAUUGUUGCCGCUUAUUCUUAUCUAACAAAAGAUGAAAUGAAAGGAGAAUCAUGACACCCAAGAGAGUCAGACGUCUCCUCGAAGGACACUAAAUUAUCGGAAUCAACAGUCACUAAUUUGUAAGGUUUUUCACUCUUCAAAUCACCGUCGGAGCUCGUUCAAAUCAGAAACUCACCCCCACACAAUCAUAAACUCUCUCAGAGUGCUGAUUUGACGCGGUUUCACACCUAGCGGGGGCACUAAAAGUUGAGUUUUGUUAGAAAUUCUGCAAAUUUAUUUACAAGCACCAAACAAGAGAGCGAUCUCAGCUGUACAUUGUUCGCCUGGUUAGAGAGAUUUAGUUGAAAUUCACGUCACAUUACGUUUCACAUCUACAUAGCGAAAUGAUAGAGUAGAGUUGAACCAUAGACUGUGUGUAAGGUUGCGCAAAGAGCUAGCACGUAAUUGCAGAUUGACAAGUAGGAAAUUGACAGGUUGUUAGAGAGUAAAGAGGGUGGGAAUUGAAUUGACUUGCGUAGUUUUACAUGGAAAAGAGCGUAGGUUUACAUGUUUGCGAGAUGUUGUUAAAGAGAUGUUUUUGUUGGCUCGAAACUAGCGAGAGCGGUUAUCUUUUCGAAAGUUUUCUAGCCAAAUUCACUGAAAACACUUAAUGACAUGGAUUCAGUGGUUACAAAUACUAUCAAAAGUGUUAAGUUUCUCAAAUGAAUCUAUCAACUAGCAAAAAUAUUUGUUACCAGUUUUAACAAUUAAUUUAAAAAAAAUUGUGAGAUUUUUUGAUUGAUUUGAUUGAUUAAAAAAAAUUUUGGGAAUAAAACAUUUUUCAUGACUGAUUUGAAUAUUAUUUAAAUUAUUCAAAAAAGGUUGCUGUACGUUUAGCUACCUUAAAUUAAAACUAUGUUUUUUUAGCAUCAACCAAAAAACAUAUUUUUAGAUGCUAGCAUAGCAUAGCAUUGGUGUCUACCCGUAGUUGCUACUCUGUUAUUGACCAGGACCUCCAAGAAUUGCUCCGUGGACCACAGAUGAAGAGGAACCAAUCAUCACCACUUCGCAACUUUCAAAUGUCCCUAUCAUGCUAGCCAAUCACAGCGCCGGCCACGACCAGUGGUAAGACACGGGGGAAGUGGAUAGGAAUUUUUAGUCCGAUACUUGAGUGAUGAAGACCGCUAAAUCAGCUGCGUCUUCGACAAAGUAUCACGUGAGGUUUGAGGGUGUUAGUAAGAUGGGUGUGAAGCCAGGAUUCACCGUGGUAAGUGAUGCGGCCGAUCAAAUCUAUUUAUAGUCCUUAAUUCUUCGUAUGUACUUGGAUUCAUUUUUGGAAGCUUUCCAAUUCGGUUCACCAAGCUUUUUGUGGUGAAUUCUGGUCGUGUUGAAAGUUCAAUAUUCACCUAACAAUUAUGCAACCAGUGUCCUUGAAUUCAACUUGCAUUCAAUAUUGUAUUUUCCUGUUGUUAGAUUCACACAGAUUCCAAUCAAGUUUCUUGGAUUCUUAUAGCAUUCUUAAUCCUUCUAGACAACUAAGCCUCGAUGGUCUGGUAGUUAGCAUUUUUGUCUGCUGACCCAAAGGACGGGGGAUCGAACCCCGCCGCGAGCUAAUGAAUUUUUCGUUCAUAUUCAAGUGUUCAGAAUUAUUCCUUCUUUCCAUAAUUUCUCGAUAGGGGUAGAUGGGAAUCGAACCCAGAACCUUCCGCUUACAAAGCGAACAGCGUAACCAUUCAGCCACGCCUACCCCUCAAAAAACAUAUUUUUAGAUGCUUAAAAAAAACAGAAGUUUUUCUGUAAAGUAUUUUUUUUGUUUUUUUUUUAUUAUCUGUGAAUGAAAGAAGCCAUUUUACAUACAGUUUUAGCAUUAUACUUAAUACGUUUAAAACUUUUCAUUAAUCAGGUUAUAAAAACAAAAAAUGUAUAUGUUUUUUAAGAGGUUUGAGGUUAAUUGUUACAUUAUGAAAAAAAGUUGUUAACUUGAACCAGUUUAAAUAAAUUAUGAAAGAUUGUUUUUGACAUUACAGUUUUUAAGUUUCCAGUUAAAUACAUUUUUUUCACCAGCCUUUUUUAAUUUAGCUUUUUAAAAUGUAUUAAAUCAUCAUAAUAAAAAGUUAAAUGUUUCUCAUUCACAAAUAUUUAUUAAAUGUAGAAAAACAGUUUUAUUUCAAGUUUUUCUUGUCACUAUAAUAAGUCACAAUGACACAAAUAAUUAAGAUUUGUAAGUUAAACAAAUCCAAAUAUUUAUUUUACCAUCAAAAAUUAAAUUUAAACAAAAAAAUCACAAGCAAGCAUACUCAAGCGGAUCGUCGCAAGCGUGGUCGCGCCAUUUUGAAAUAAAGCUUUAAUUACCCAUUGUGAAUAUUCAUAGAGAGAGAAAGAGAGAGAGAGUAUGAGAGAAAGAGAGUUUAUAGUAGCGUAACAAAAGUUGACUUUAGGAGGUUUAACAAAUUAAAAGCUCCGCAAAUUCGCAGCCAAUACCAAGCAAAUGCCAUACCAGAUGCAACGCAACUCGUAGAUUUUAAAUCGAUUUACUUUCUUUCCACACAAUAUACUGACUUGAAAGAAGACAAGAAAAGGAGGAGAAAAGAGUCGGAAAGUUUUGAUGUUUUAUAGUUUGAAUGAUUCUAGUUGAAAACUCGAAAAAGGAGCAUUACUCACACACACAUACCGACAAACAUUUUUCAGAAGUUGAAAGUGGGCAGAAAUGCUACUUGUUAGUACUGAGUUUAAUUUUUAUACAUCGCGAAUUAAGAAUAGCUACAGUAUAAACAUUCAAAACAAAUACAAAGAAGGUUAAAGAGCAAAACAAGGUGAUACAUUUAAAGUUUAAUAAAGGUAAUUUGUAAGCGCGCAUAGGUCAAAUCAUUUAUCAAGUUCAAAGAAAUAAAAAAAAAUCGCAUGAAAUUACAUUCAAUCACGAAUACAAACUUACUGCUAGACAUAAAGAGCAAAACAAACUAAAACUAGUUAAAAUUUAAAUAAAUUCAAAUUAUAACGAUAGCACCGCCUGUAAAUAUCCAAUCAUUAAGAAUGAUAGGCAGCAACUUUUAUCGAACGAUCAGCGAUAAUAGAAUAUUCGACAAUUGAAGCCGCAUUUCCGUUGAUUCCUUCUACUGGUAGAUAUUUCUCUAACUUGAUACGUUGCAAACUUGUGUUCAAAAGUUUAAUUUAGUUAAAGUUUUGCGUAGAAAAGUAAUGACAUUUGCCUUCAUAACAUUAUUGUAGUUCUUAAUCAACAAUCUAGUAACGAAUACUUACAAACUACCCAGAUGAACAAUUCAAUGAAAAUAAACGCGAAAACAAUACUACACACAUUUUUUCCGAAUAAAAUAUCUCACGCGAGCAUUCACGUAACGAUAGUUGAGCUUCUCGAAAGACACACUCAUUCUUCAUCGAAAAUACUCUCAACAAAACAAAUAAAGAUUUGCAAACACCUUCCUCCUCCCCAGAAUCAAAUCGUCAAGUACGUAAAAACCAACACAAAAUAUUACCACAAACACCCACACCCACACACACGAACACAAACACCCACGCUCAAGUGGGGGUAAAACGAGAAAAUACCAAACUGCCACUAAUCUUACUUUUACAAACAAAAACAAAAUGGAUGCGAAAAAAGAGGCAAAGUCAGCAGGAUAACGAAAAAGUAGUUGAAAAAUUUGAAUGCGCGAUUCCAGAAAAAAAUGUGUCAUUUACACAC